CCGGGGAUGCGGCCGGCUCCGCGGCAGCCGCGCGCCAGAGGGGGCGGCCGUGACUCAGCCGCGCGCUCCGCCCUCGCGCUCACGGACACGCCCUCCUGCCACCCCGCCCCGGCUCCGUCUCCGGCUCCAGCUCCGGCCCCGCCGCAGUGGGCCACCCCUCCGCAACAGCCGCCAGUUCGCUGGACGGCUCGGGUGGUUCCGCUUCGAUGUCCCAGACCAGGUGCCCCGGGCCGGAUCCGGCUGGGCUCCCCCGGCCCUCCGCUGGAGUCAUGAGGACGAACGCGGCUCUGCAGGUGCUGGGCUUCCUUCUCAGCCUGGCUCGGGGCUCCGAAGUGGGCAACUCUCAGGCAGUGUGUCCUGGGACUCUGAAUGGGCUGAGUGUGACCGGUGAUGCUGAGAACCAAUACCAGACGCUAUACAAGCUCUACGAGAGGUGUGAGGUGGUGAUGGGGAAUCUGGAGAUUGUGCUCACAGGCCACAGUGCUGACCUCUCUUUCCUGCAGUGGAUCCGAGAGGUGACGGGCUAUGUCCUUGUGGCCAUGAACGAGUUCUCUACACUGCCACUGCCCAACCUCAGAGUGGUGCGGGGCACCCAGGUCUACGAUGGGAAGUUCGCCAUCUUUGUCAUGUUGAACUAUAACACCAACUCCAGCCAUGCUCUGCGCCAGCUCCGCCUCACUCAGCUCACUGAGAUUCUGUCAGGGGGCGUUUAUAUUGAGAAGAACGACAAACUUUGUCACAUGGAUACAAUUGACUGGAGGGACAUCGUGAGGGACCGACACGCUGCGAUAGUGGUGAAGGACAAUGGCAGGAGCUGUCCCCCCUGUCAUGAGGUCUGCAAGGGGCGAUGCUGGGGUCCUGGACCAGAAGAUUGCCAGACAUUGACCAAGACCAUCUGUGCCCCUCAGUGCAAUGGCCACUGCUUUGGGCCCAACCCCAACCAGUGCUGCCAUGAUGAGUGUGCGGGGGGCUGCUUGGGCCCGCAGGACAUGGACUGCUUUGCCUGCCGACUCUUCAAUGACAGUGGAGCCUGUGUACGCCAGUGUCCACAGCCUCUUGUUUACAACAAGCUAACUUUCCAGCUGGAACCCAAUCCCCACACCAAGUACCAGUAUGGUGGAGUUUGUGUAGCCAGCUGUCCCCAUAACUUCGUGGUGGAUCAAACAUCUUGUGUCAGGGCCUGUCCUCCUGACAAGAUGGAAGUAGAUAAAAAUGGACUCAAGAUGUGUGAACCUUGUGGGGGGCUGUGCCCCAAAGCCUGUGAGGGCACAGGCUCUGGGAGCCGCUUCCAGACUGUGGACUCUAGUAACAUCGAUGGAUUUGUGAACUGCACCAAGAUCCUGGGCAACCUGGACUUUCUUAUCACCGGCCUCAAUGGAGACCCGUGGCACAAGAUCCCUGCCCUGGACCCUGAGAAGCUCAGUGUCUUUUGGACAGUACAGGAGAUCACAGGAUAUCUGAACAUCCAGUCCUGGCCUCCCCACAUGCAUAACUUCAGUGUCUUUUCCAACCUGACAACCAUUGGGGGCAGAAGCCUGUACAACCGGGGCUUCUCAUUGCUGAUCAUGAAGAACCUGAAUAUAACAUCACUGGGCCUCCGAUCCUUGAAAGAAAUUAGUGCAGGGCGUAUCUACAUAAGUGCCAAUCGGCAGCUCUGCUACCACCAUUCUCUGAACUGGACCAGGCUGCUGCGGGGGCCUUCAGAAGAGAGACUAGACAUCAAGCACAAUCGGCCCCGGAGAGACUGCUUGGCAGAAGGCAAAGUGUGUGACCCACUGUGCUCCGGGGGAUGCUGGGGCCCAGGCCCUGGUCAGUGCCUGUCGUGUCAGAACUACAGCCGAGGUGGUGUCUGCGUGACCCACUGCCACUUUCUGAAUGGGGAGCCUCGGGAGUUCGCCCAUGAGGCCGAAUGCUUCCCCUGCCACCCGGAAUGCCAGCCCAUGGAGGGCACUGUCACCUGCAAUGGCUCGGGCUCCGAUGCUUGUGCCCAAUGUACCCACUUCCGAGAUGGGCCCCACUGUGUGAGCAGCUGCCCCUAUGGAGUCCUGGGUGCGAAGGGCCACAUCUACAAGUAUCCAGAUGCCCAGAAUGAAUGCCGGCCCUGCCAUGAGAACUGCACCCAGGGGUGUAAGGGACCUGGGCUGCAAGACUGUUUAGGCCAAACACUGGCACUGAUCAGCAAAACCCAUCUCGCAAUGGCUUUAACAGUGGUAGUAGGAUUGGCCAUGAUUUUCUUGAGCCUGAGUGGCACUUUCCUCUAUUGGCGUGGGCGCCGGAUUCAGAAUAAGAGGGCUAUGAGGCGCUACUUGGAGCGGGGUGAGAGCAUAGAGCCCCUGGAUCCCAGCGAAAAGGCUAACAAAGUCUUGGCCAGAAUCUUCAAGGAGACAGAGCUAAGGAAGCUUAAAGUGCUCGGCUCCGGUGUCUUUGGAACUGUGCACAAAGGAGUGUGGAUCCCUGAGGGCGAAUCAAUCAGGAUCCCAGUCUGCAUUAAAGUCAUUGAGGAUAAGAGUGGACGACAGCGUUUUCAAGAUGUGACAGACCAUAUGCUGGCUAUUGGCAGCCUAGACCAUGCCCACAUCGUGCGGCUGCUAGGACUGUGUCCAGGGUCAUCUCUGAAGCUUGUCACUCAGUACUUGCCUCUGGGUUCUCUGCUGGAUCAUGUGAGACAACACCGUGGGGCCCUGGGGCCACAGCUUCUACUCAACUGGGGAGUACAGAUUGCCAAGGGUAUGUACUACCUUGAGGAGCAUGGCAUGGUGCAUAGGAACCUGGCUGCCCGAAAUGUGCUACUGAAGUCGCCUAGUCAAGUUCAGGUGGCAGAUUUUGGGGUGGCUGACCUGCUGCCCCCAGAUGAUAAGCAGCUACUACACAGUGAGGCCAGGACUCCAAUUAAGUGGAUGGCCCUCGAGAGUAUCCACUUUGGGAAAUACACACAUCAGAGUGACGUCUGGAGCUACGGUGUGACGGUUUGGGAGCUGAUGACCUUCGGGGCAGAGCCCUAUGCAGGGCUGCGACUAGCUCAAGUCCCAGACCUGCUGGAGAAGGGGGAGCGGUUGGCACAGCCCCAGAUCUGUACCAUUGACGUCUACAUGGUUAUGGUCAAAUGUUGGAUGAUUGAUGAGAACAUUCGCCCAACCUUUAAAGAACUAGCCAAUGAGUUCACCAGGAUGGCCCGAGACCCACCGCGGUAUCUGGUCAUAAAGAGAGAGAGCAGGUCCGGAAUUCCCCCUGGGGCGGAGCCCUCUGCGCUGACAAACAAGGAACUGGAGGAGGCAGAGCUAGAUCCAGAACUAGACCUAGACCUGGACUUGGAGGCAGAGGAAGACAACCUGGCAACCACAUUAGGCUCUGCUCUCAGCCUGCCAGUUGGAACACUGAGUCAGCCACGGGGAGUAAGGCACUUUCCGAGCCAGAGCCUUUUAAAUCCAUCAUCUGGUUACAUGCCUAUGAACCAGAGUAAUCUUGGAGAGGCUUCCCAGGAUUCUGCAGUCUGUGGAGGUAGUGGGUGCCCCCAUCCAGCCUCUCUGCAUCCAGUGUCACGGGGACGCCUGGCAUCAGAGUCGUCAGAGGGCCAUGUGACAGAUUCUCAGGCUGAGCUGCAGGAGAAGGUGUCAAUGUGUAGAAGCCAGAGCCGGAGCCCGAGGCCACAUGGAGACAGUGCCUAUCAUUCCCAGCGCCAUAGCCUGCUUACUCCUAUCACCCCACUGUCCCCACCAGGGUUAGAGGACGAGGAUGGGAAUGGCUACGUGAUGCCUGACCCACACCACAAAGGUACUCCCUCCUCCCGGGAAGGUACCCUUUCUUCAGUGGGCCUCAGUUCUGUUCUGGGUACUGAAGAAGAGGAUGAAGAUGAGUAUGAAUACAUGAACCGGAGGAAAAGGCGCAGCCCUCCUUGUCCUCCAAGGCCAAGUUCCCUUGAGGAGCUGGGUUAUGAAUACAUGGAUGUGGGAUCAGACCUCAGUGCCUCCCUAGGCAGCACACAGAGUUGCCCACUCAACCCUGGGCCCAUCAUGCCCACUGCUGACACAGCUCCAGAUGAGGACUAUGAAUAUAUGAAUCAGCGACAUGGUGGAGGAGGUCCUGGGGGGGAUUAUACAGCCAUGGGGGCCUGCCCGGCAGCUGAGCAAGGUUAUGAAGAGAUGAGAGCUUUCCAGGGGCCUGGACACCAUGCUCACCAUGUCCAUUAUGCCCGCCUCAAAACUCUACGUAGUUUAGAAGCCACUGACUCUGCCUUUGAUAACCCAGAUUACUGGCAUAGCAGGCUUUUCCCCAAGGCCAAUGCCCAGAGAACAUAACCCCUGCACUCUGAAGUACUCAGGGAGCAUCUGAUGGCAGCUAGUGUUUCUAGAGGGUACCCCUCUUCUCCCUAGUCCCUCUCCCUUCCGGGUCUUAGCCCAGUUUCCCCCUAGUCCUAGACAACUCCAUGCAACCUUUGGAGGCUUUUAAACACUUCUGACACAGAUAUUCUCCUGUUAUGUAGCCAGCAGCGCACUUUCUUCUCUUCCCAACCCCAGGAAAGGAGCUUCCCCUUUUGUGAGCUGUCCAAUCCCAUUCCUCAGCUUCCUCAGGGGAAAUCCCUGAUAUAUGAAAGGUCACUCUCCACAUCCUUUCUCUCAGACUGAUUUGUACAUUGUAGGCUUUAAAGUGUACCUUUGUUUCCCAUCAGACUCCUAGUGAAGAGGAAAGGGGAGACCUGGCAAGGGAAAGUAAAAUUUUGGCUUGUGAUUCUUAACCUCUGGAAAGAAUGGAAAGCUUAAAAUCUUGUGGAAUAAAGAGGUUAGGAGAAGAUAAGAUUACUAUUAAUUGAGCAUCCACUAUGUGCUAGGCUUCAUGCUAAACUUUACCUACAUUAUCUCAAUCCUUACAACAAAUUUGUGAACUAGGUAUUAUCCCAUUUUACAAAUAAGGGAACUGAGCCUUAAAGAGAUUAAGUAAAUUAAGAGGUAGAUUCAGGAUUCAAAAACUUGCAAAAUAUGUAGUCUUACUGUAAGGUUUCAAGGCAAACUGCUGUUGUAACUCAAGAACCUUACUCAGGGGCAUUGUCCCGUUUUUGCAUGGAAUCAAGUGUAACCCUAAUGACCACAGCCUCCUCCAAAACCCUGGACUUCUCAGGAAGUGGGGGGAAGGGAGUGGUCAGAAGAAAAAUAACUGGAUGACUUGUGUAAACCACAACCUACAUGUGCUAUGAGUGAUCUCCACUUCUUACCCAAGGGACAGAUUGACAAGGGUCCCAAGAGUCACUUGGAGCUAUUCCCAUCCAGUAGUGGGAAGCUUCCAGUUGGGGUAGAAAGAAGACUCAGCUUCAGACCUGUCCCCUUGGAUGGGAAACGCGGGUAUCUGUUGUAUCACUGAAGUUUUUUUGCUUUGUUUUUAUACAUGUCUGAAUAAAAAUGCCAAGGUUUCUCAG